ACCAUGGUCAAAACGUGCAUCGAUACCAGGAGGGGCUACACGUACUCAAAGUUUGUUUAGAUUUUAAGCGGCUAGCCUUUGUCUUGGUUAUCUCAUCUUCUGUGCCGUCACUCGAAAAGGAUCCCUCUCCACCGCUGUCCCCCGAAGACUCUGAUCCAGAAUCCGUUUCAUCGUCAUCGGUCUCGUGAGACCCAUCCCUGUUCCCACCAUCUUCGCUCUUGGCAGAAGGGCCCGAAGGAAUAGGCUGCUUCAGACAGGAUUUUAGUUUCCCAUCUUUCCGAGGACCUGUCUGCCUGCUCAUCGUCGAAGUCAUUUGGCCACAAAAGUUUAAAUUCAACGCUGGAAGGCACCGUGCCGUGAGAAUUCAUGGCUCCGACAGAUCGACCUAGCCAAUCAUCACUACUACCGCCUUCUUCACAGUUCCUAGCUGCGGCAGAAUGGCUUUCUUCCUCUCCAAGAGCCAAAAGGUUCUCAAAUAAUCAGAAAUUAGAGGUCUACUCUUUAUACAAAAUACGGACCGUCUCCUUGCGGCCGAAGCCGGGUACAAGGCCUGGCCUACUUGAAUGGACGGGGAGCGCCAAAUGGGACGCUUGGGACAAAGCUGGAAAGCACUAUGAGGGAAAGCCCAUCGAGGAAGUUGAGAAACGUUAUAUAAAGAUCGCAGAGGAGCAAGGAUUCACAAUCAUCCCAACGGCACAAGCUGAUUCAACAAUCCCUCCUUCGGAAGGAACGGAUGAUAUCGACUUGGAGAAUCUGUCUGAUGACAGUGAUCAUGAGCCACGUAUAUCCUAUUCUAAGAAGGGGAAAGCUUCCACUGAAGGCGAGGGAUUGGGUGUUUUUGUGAGCACUUUCGACCAAACCGAUGACGAUGGAGAUGGCCAGCCGGACUCCAUCCAUUCGUACGCUCUCGAGGGUAAUAUCGAUAAGUUGAAGGCGCUUUUGGACAGCGAAUACGUAGACAUCAAUGGAAAGGAUGAAAAUGGUUACUCUGCGCUGCAUCUUGCUUGCGAUCGAGGGCAACUUGAAGCAGUCAAGUUACUACUCGCAAACGGAGCAGAUGCAUAUAACCCGGAUGCGGAUGGGAACACACCUUUGGAGGUUGCCAAAAUUGCUUCCCGUGAGGACAUUGUCGACUUACUGGAGGAAGUAUAUAAAAGUAGGCCAUUUAAGGCGAUUGAGUAGCAGGUUGAUGCCAUCACGAUGUCCUUUAUACCCCCCUCCGUGUUGUUCCGUUUGCAAUAAAU